AUGCCGCCCUUCGCCUCGGGGCUGCUGGUGCUGACGGCGCCGUUGCCCGUCCUGCCCCGACGGGCGGCGGCGGCGCUGGCGGCGGCGGCGGGGGUGGUGGCGGGGCCGUUCCCGCCGCGCCUGCCCGCCCUCCUGCUGGGCGGCCCCGGGGACGGGAGCCCCGACGGCGACCCCGCGGAGGAGCCCGAGGGGCCCGAAACGGCGCUUCCCGACUUCUCCGACGUGGCGGUCGGUGGCACUUUCGACCGCCUCCACGGUGCCCACCGGCUGCUGCUCAGUGCCUGCUGCCUCCUGGCCCGGCACCGGCUCCUGGCCGGGGUGGCCGACGGCGACCUGCUGCGCCACAAGGUCCUGGCGGAGCUGAUCGAGCCCUACGAGGUGCGGGCGGCGAAGCUGCGCGAGUUCCUGGAGGACGUGAAGCCCUCGCUGCGUUACGACAUCGUGCCUCUGGCCGACCCCUACGGCCCCUCGGUCACCGACCCCGACCUGCAGUGCCUGGUGGUCAGCGAGGAGACCCGCAGGGGAGGGGAAGCCGUGAACAAGAAGAGACUGGAAAAUGGGCUCCCCGAGCUGGCUCUCUACGAGAUCCUGCUGAUGAAGGACCCCGACCACGGGCAGAAUGAGGAGGAGAAGAUCAGCUCCUCCAGCCUCCGGCAGAGGCUGCUGGGGACGCUGCUGCGGCCCCCACGGCAAGACCCCUCUUUGCCUUCCCGCCCGUACGUGAUCGGCCUGACCGGAGGAACCGGGAGCGGGAAAACCUCCAUCGCCAGACUCCUGGGGCACCUGGGAGCCUUCCUCAUCGACGCCGACAAGCUGGGCCACGCCGUCUAUGUCCCCGGUGGCCCUGCCUACGAGCGGGUGGUGGCAACCUUUGGGGCAGAAAUUGUGAAUGAAGACGGGACAAUUAACAGGAAAGCCCUUGGGGGCAAAGUGUUUGGAAACCAGGAGCAGCUGAAGAGUCUCACGGACAUCGUGUGGCCCGAGAUAGCGCGGAUGGUCAAGGAGCAGAUCAGGGAGGCAGAUGCUCAAGGAAAGGCCGUGUGCGUGCUGGACGCUGCCGUGCUGCUGGAGGCUGGCUGGCAGGACAUGGUCCAUGAGGUGUGGACGGCCGUCAUCCCCGAGGAGGAGGCGGUGAAACGCAUCAUGGCCAGGGACGGGCUGAGCGAGGAGGCCGCUCGCAGCCGCCUGCGGAGCCAGAUGAGCAACAGCCAGCGUGUGGAGCAGUCGCAGGUGGUGCUGUGCACCCUCUGGGAGCCAGACAUCACCCGUGCGCAGGUGGAGAAGGCCUGGGACCUGCUGCAGCAGCGCCUGGGCCCCCCGGGCAGCCCCUGAGGGGGUCACGCUCUGUCCCCCCGAACCCCACGGACCCCACACCGGUGGGACGGGAGG